GCUUCCGACGACCUUGAGGCACCUCACUCGCAUUUUCCACAGCGACGCGGCAGAUCUAUCUCCCUAGUACCCUCUUGAACGCCAGCGCGCCCUUCCUUUGCGGCACACACCAUGUGGACGCUGCUGCUCACGCUGCUGCUGUUGGGCUUAGUGGCCACUGCAGCCUUUGCUGCGUUUGGCGACGUGUUGUUGACACUACUGCUGCGCCAGUUCGCAGCUUCGGCUGUGGGUGCCAAGUUCUCCAUCUCCUGGUCGCUGCGUGAUGGCUCGCUUGAGCUGCGGGACCUGGUGCUAGGCAAACAUGUGAUGCCUGAACUGGAGCCUGUAGCUGGGAUGCCUUUCGGCCUGGAGCGCCUGGAGAUGAAGCGCUUUCUAUUGAUCGUGCCGCUCUGGGCGCACCUUGUGCGACUCGUAAGCGGUCAACCUGAGGACCCGAAGCGCCCGCGCAUGGAGUCCAAGGUGCUGAUUGGUGGUCUACGUGUUGGCUUGAGGCUCGACGCUGCCGAGAAGUGGAUGUGGCACCGCCAGCAGAACGCCGAGCGCUGCGUUGAGGCGAUCAAGCAAGCGGCCAAGGCACGAUUAGCACGCGCUAAUACUUGGACAACCACAAUCGUGCAGAAGCUCAAGGAGCUCGCAACUCUGCGCAAGCAGAUCCGUGAAGCCGAGAAACGCCGAUUCAAGAAAACUGAAGAGCAGGCGCCGCUCAAACCUUCCUUCUGGCACUUGUGGGUGGACGAGCUGAUUGACUCCUUCGAGUUCAUGCUACAAUCAUUCUCUCUUCUAAUCCGUGACGAAUACUCCGGUGCGACGGUAGGAAUAGCAAUGGAGGAGUUCGAGAUGAGCCGCAGCGGCCCAGCCGACGACAACCGGCGCAAACGUGCCAUGCGACUCGUGGACUACGAGAUGUUCCUCAACUCGAAGCCUGGAGGCAGUGCGAAUGUCUGCCACCUCAUUGCUCCGCUCACGAUGGAGAUUGGCGUGCUCAUGCCCUUCGUUUUCCAGUCGCUCGUCAUGGGCCAGGGCACGGGCGAACGCGCGUUUGAGCUCGAGAUUUCGUUCGCAAACGGCCGAGAUUUUGAAGUUGAACUGCGUCCUGCACAAGCUGGCAUGCUGUUGAAGUUGAUGCAGCCAAUCAACUUCUACUAUGACUGGCAGACAGCAGCGUCCAUCGCGGAUGACCUCGCAUGUGUACAGCUCAAUCCGACUGAGUCUGAAGAGUACAUGACGCUAUUCAAUCAACAGUGGAAGCUCGAUAACGAGACUGGAUUUGUGUUCCGGAUGUACGAGAACUACAAGCAGAAGGAGGCCAUUGCCAAGCGCAAGGCUCGUUUGGAUGAACUGGAAGACAAGGUGCUCGCUACGCAACUCCUGUACUUGCGUUCAUUGUCGCUUGGCUGGGAGAUUCCGAAUGCAGGCGAGCCGUUGCCCUAUGUCAGUGAAGAGGACUUGGAAAGGGGAAAUUUGCGGAAGUUUGUGGACAAUCCGGCGGAUUCCUACGUGGACAAGGACAAGAUACCAGAGACCCCGCCAAUGUUCCAUCUGUUCCGACUGUCGUUCAAGAUGAAGAGGAUGAACUUGCGGUUGAUCGAGGACAACGAGAAGAAGCUGAUGACGUUUUUCGUGCAUGAUGUGGAGUUUGAACUACGCUACCGCAUGACGAAGAUCGCCAAGAACGACACGGCCGUCGAAAUCGUGUUGGAUGCUGUGCGUUUUGGAUUACUGGACAAUCGAGACGCCCCCACCAAUGUGUUCCGUCAGAUUAUGGAUCGUAACCCUGAAGCUGAAGAUAUGAUGGCGAUCGCAAUCUCACAGCGUGGAGACGGCUACAUGGACAUUGGCGUGACGCUCAAGCACUUUUCGUUGCUGCUUGUGUUUGAUCCGCUGUUGGACGUGAUGCACAAAUUCCUGCCAGCGAUUGGUGAAGACGAGAAAGAGCAAAUGCGUUUUGUUGAUUGCGAGAUGGCGGAUCCCAUGGACUCUCCGGAACGGCGAGAUGCUGCAAGACACCUCUAUGUCGAAGAUCUGCCGAAAGCUUAUUCGCCUUUGCUGCUCGGGGGGAUGCAGCUUGGUUGUAGCGUUCUUUUACAGGGAUGUGAGUUCUGCCUUAUUGGAGAUUCCAAAACGCUCAAGUCGCCCGUCUUGGCUUUCACUUCGGAUACCAGGCUUCGAGUUUUGAGUUCGGAACGCUCAGAAGCCGUGGAGCUGGAAUUGGAGGACGUGGCUUUGACUCCAUGCACAAUUAUCCUGCGUGAUGAUGCGAUUGAACUGGACAUUGGUGAUCUACGAACCAUUCUGGAACUCGAGGGCGAAGGCGUUGACUUCUCAAUGGGCUACAGACUUACUGUUGGGGACUCAGCUAAGGACUCGUCCAAGCUCGGUAAUAAGGCGAUUAAAGGAACUGGAAAGUCCGCGUCGAGUUUAUGGAAUGUCGCUCGGAAAGCGGCAACGAAGCCGCAAGUAGUUGAGGUUGAACACCCUGACAUUGAGGAGGCUGAGGAGCGCUCAGUCACUCCUUAUCGCAAAGAUCGCAUCAAGGCUGGCGCACGGCGAAAGCUGACGAUGCAAAUGUCUGAUUUUGGGCUGAACCUUUCUGCCACUGAUCUUGGUAUCCUCUUAAGCAUUUUGGCAUCUCUCAACGAGUCGAUGAAAGAGGAUAUUGAAGUUAUUAAGAAGCGAGAGGAGGGCGAAGCUCGUAUGAAGAAAGCCAGGCGUCAAGUGGAAGAGAAGCGCUACAUGGAACGACUCAAGGAGGAGUUUAAGCUCCGAGACACCGACGGCGGAGGAACUCUGGAUGUAUCGGAGAUUGGAGACCUUCUACGAAGCGCAACUGACUGCGACAACUUGACUAAAACGGAGUUUGACGCGACGGUAGCAGAUUUUGUCAGCAUUGUGGACAGCGACGGAAGCGGUGAUAUUUCGCUUGAGGAAUUCGAAAAUGCGUUGAGCAGAAACAAAAUCCUGUACACGCGUCUGCACCACCACGUGGUUUCCAUCACUGGUCAGGAAUACGUCAACCCGGAUAUGCAGCGAAACAAGGUGCCAUAUCUUUCUGGGGACAGUGCCAAUACACUUGCCAAUGCUGCAGCCCUCGCUGCCUUCUGGGAGCACUAUGAAGAGCAAAUAGGUGCAUCAAUGUCGUCACUCCAAGGCCAGCCACCUAUCAUUGUUCAGAAGAAAAUGGUCCGUGCGUUCAAGAAUUACGAUUAUGCUCAGGAGGCGUGGAAUCGAAUCGUAAAGCCGUCUUUGGUGAAGCCGGGAGAGCAGAGCCCUUGGCUGCUGACCAAGGAGAUGGACAUGGGAGGCCGUGGAGACGUGAUCGACCAGUUGCUGUCAAGCCUAAAGGACGACACUCAUGACCAGGCUUCUUUGAACCCGAAGUCUGUUGCCGAACAGCAGAUUUUUGUACAGACUCUUGUUUCCACAUCGUUCGGCGGUUUCUACUUGCGUUUGAUUGAUGAAAUGUUGCCAAUGGGAACACCGGCAAUCGAAACGUCUCUGGAGGAACUGGGCAUUUACGCUAAUUUCUCACUGUGGGAGGGCGAUUCUUCUAACCCUGCCACUGAUCUCCAUGCGCGAGAGCGAUCCGAAAACAGCUUCGGUGUCGCCAAAAUCAGCUUUGACGUGUACGGCAACUACUACAACACGAAAGCGCGUCAGACCGAGCCUUUCAUCGAGUUCUAUCAAGGCAUUUUGGAUAUCCGGAAGGAACCUGCGUCUCCGUUGGAGGUGAUCUACUCGUCAGACCGCUAUUUCCAAAUGAACGUCACGUCUGCAUUCAUGGAAGCUGUGAAUUCGAACAUGGCCACUUUCUCCAAGGCUGAACACCGUGCGGAAGCUGAGCGUCCACACGUUAAGGAGAUUGGUGCUAUCUUUUGGAUGCUGAAUGAAAGUGGCGUCAACGUUAAGUACUACAUGGUAACGAAGAAGAAAACAAAGGAGCGUGUGCGAGAAGAAGUUGUGACAGCAGUCACCUCGGUGUCUACUGGUGGGGCACACGCAUGUAAGCUAUUGGAUAACAGCGAAGCAGAGGAGUUCGAGCAACAGAGUUUGAAGGAGAAGCAGCUACGUCAAGCGUUUAGGGAUGCCGACCAAGAUGGAAGUGGUGAGUUGGACACAGAGGAAGUGCGCUCUGUGCUUCGAAGCGUGUAUGAAGAGGAAGACAAGCAGCGGAGAACAUCAGGAAAAUCGUCAAUUUACAAGCGUAGUAGCAGCAGUAUCUUGGAUAAUGAGGCCGAGUUUGCCCAAGCUGUGGAAGACUUCAUCGCUCUGGCCGACACGGACAAGUCCGGACAAGUGUCGUGGGAAGAGUUUAAGAUUGCGAUUGCUAAGUCUCGUGCCACAGUUGACCGCUACAUCUCAGUUGAGAUUGAAGGCUACCAGACGAUCCAUGGCGUGCCGUUGAUGUCCAUAGGCCAAACUCAAGUGUACGAAUUGACGCCUUUUUUCGAAGACGUGGAGUCGGAGAAGUCGAUUGAAGUGCUUUAUGACCGCGGUGUGGCUCUACUAACGAAGGUGGAGGAGCCGACGCGCGAAGAGCUGCAGAUGGCGUACGCUUGCUUGCAUCGGGUAAAGGAUCUCGAUCCCAACUAUGAGUGGAUUGACUCUUACUACGCGGAUUGCUCGCGGCAGUACUUACCUGUGCUGGCUGCUAUUCACAUUAGUGUUGAUGGUUUGUACGGUCUCCAAGUGAAGGUUUCUGGUGCGGAAUACGUUCGUAAUGGAACUGCAAAGGACACUGAGCUGCAAAUGUACAACGAAAAAGGAGAAACUGCGCGCUGCAAUCCGGAGCAAAAGGACGGCGAAGAACGAUUCUUCAUGCUCCCUGCUCUUGGUACCAUCAGCAUUCCCUUAGAUUUGGUUGGUGCUGGGUCUUUCGCUAUUCGGCAAACUGGAGAAACAGAGUGGAGCAACAAAUUGGAGCUGUCUGUCUCGGAUCAGCGGUUGUACAAGAAAAUGACAAAGUUUGAGCAGCUCGAGGCCCAGAAAGCUCUGCGCGGGGAAGGCAAUGGCUCAGUGUCGUCUGCUAAGCGUGUGAAGGAAAAGCUGGGUACAAAUGCUGCACUCCCCGACCCAAGUGAGUCUGUACCUGCUGGAAAAGAAGUUGUGUACCCUUCAUCCAGUAUUAUCGACAACCAGCCGACUGUUGUGAUCGAGAAGAUUUCUACAAACAACCCCCAGCUAGGAACCUGGUCAUUGACGAUCCAGCCGCAGUUGGUGCUUCACAAUGUUCUUCCUUGUGGUGUUGAGUAUGCAAUUGUGCAGCCUGAUGAUUGUCCGGCUGACACAUUGACCAGUAAGGGAGAUUUCCGGGUUGUGGACAACACUGGAAAAGACAAGAAGUCGCGAGCUGUGAAGACUCUGGGAGAGAUCGACUACUUCACCUAUGUGGAUGAAGUAAACGGCCGUAAAAUGUGGGUCGAGAGCGGCAAGACUAUUCAAGUAUUCGGUCUGGACUUGAACAAGCCCGCUUUGAUGACGAUGCGACUUUGUGCGAGUGAAACCAAUCGAGCUGCGACCUGGAGCGCUCCAUUCUUGCUGCACCUCGAAGCGGAGCGCGAAUCAUUCAACGAAGACGCGUUCGAGCUGCUGUUUGAUGAUGGUCCAAGUUUCGUUUUCCAUCCGCAAUGGGAAGAAAACUCUGCUCGCACAGUGUUCUUCUACUCCCCGUUCUGGAUUCAAAACAGAAGUGGUUUGGACCUCCGCUUCAAGUUGUCUCGUGGACGUGUGUGCACUAUUGAAGAGCACCGUGCAUACUUCCCGAACGCCAAGGAAAUUCCCGUGAUGGCAACUGCUUCACCUGACAAGGCUCUGAUUGGUAUCCGUCCAUUCCAAGAAACGCCACCCACGUAUGAAGGCGAGUCCUUAGUGUCUGGAACGACGAAGAAAUAUCUGCCGGACUUCGAAAAGUUGGGGUGGUCUGAACCCGAGGAUAUGGCGACUGUGAGCAAGAAGGGAGAGUUGCGUCCGAGUGGGUCUGGAAACUAUUCUUUCGUACUGGCAUUUGAGAUUCGGGCGGCACCAGCACAGUUUUUCCGAUCAAAGAUUUUCGUCAUCUCGCCACGGUUUGUAUUUCUGAACCGCGUGCCGCGGCCAUUGGAGUUGACCCCGAUUUUACUGGACAAGAAGGGAAACCGCAGCAGAAACCGUGCAGACCAGGCUAACUGCACUCUAAGAGAAGGUGAGGCAGUCGUGGUGUAUCGUCUAAGAGGCCCCGAGAAGUAUGUAGCCGGUCUGCGCAUUCGUGACACGGCCAACGAUACCCAAGACGUGGGCGAGUGGAGUCCGAAUAUGCCGCUGUUCAAACUUACUUCAAAGCUGAGUGAUCCAAACGUGACCUACAACAUGUCAGAGGACACGGUGUUCUGGACGCGUGGAAGCUUGGGUGAUGGCCCUGCUUGCAGUGUGAAUGUGCACGAGGUAGCAGAGACGGUAUUCGCGACUGUGAGCGACAUUUCGACCAACCCGAACUAUCGUAUUGAGAAUCGCUCAACGCGCUACUCCUUCCGGUACGUGCAACACGGUGUAAAGACUGCGGAGGAAAUUGUUUUGGGUCCUAUGGAGAGCCAUUCGUUCGCUUGGGAAGAUCCGAAGGGUGACUUGGAACUGCGUGUGACGGCGACCCACUGGAAGGUGCCGACGUUGGUUGAUUUUAUGCAGAUUGGUCUAGUGAAGAACGCGCCGCAGGGUCUCUUUGGUGAAGUGUACAUCGACGGUUCUACACGAGUAUUUGCGAUGGGAGACACGAAGGUGUAUUCUGAAGUGCGUCAACGUGCAGUCGUUAGCGACUGGCUCAGCAACACUGUGAUUGAUGUGUCGAUGCACGGAGUUGGAAUUACGCUGGUGGACGAACAACCUCAGGAGAUUCUGAACAUCACGAUGGAGACUAUUCGGUUCGACUCGAGGGCAGAGUCCCGCCGGGUUACGUUAAUGGUCCAUCACGUUCAAUUCGAUGACAUGACCCCGCACUCUGCAUACCCGGUCGUCUUUGCUCCCCUCGACAGUGGAUUCAACAGCGACAAACGUGAGGGCUGGCUUCCCGGUGACGGCGAACGUCCAUUCUUCACGCUCAGCUGUGAAACUCUCCCGCAAACUGGCAUCGUCAUUGUGAAUGAUUUCGACUUGCAGCUUGGGUCAAUGGCAGUUAAAUUGAACCUGGAGUACUUGAUUGGGCUGAGUAACUUGGUCUUCCAGUUUAUCCCGGGAAGCGACGAGGCUACUAUCCUACAACAAGGCUUGGAAGCCAAGAAUGCGAUGCUUGUUCCGAAUCUCCCGUUCCCGGAUGGCUCUGUUUCAGCUGGUAUGCUCAUGUACUUCAGACGCUGGCACAUGAGUGGAUACGAAUUCGACUUGGUGUUUGAUUCGCUCCAAGAAGACAAGGGCGAAGGCAUUUCCGCAAUUUUGGGCAACACGUUGGGAAGUAUCGUCGGUGGCAUUGCUCACGUGACGCCAGAGUUCCACUUCGGUGACAUUCUCUACCACAACCGCUUCUUCUACGAGUACGAUUUGAUCUAUGACGUUGUGCUGAAGAUCGUUCACUCAGUGAUUGGGCAGUGGUACAAGAUCGUGGGCAGUGUGGAGAUGCUGGGUGAUCCGGUUGGCCUCGCCACGGAUAUUGUUGAUGGUUUCGCGCUCGCGGCGCGUCAAUUGAAGCGCGAUGUGAGGGGUAAGAGCCGCAGGAAGGGCGAAAGUGCUGUGACUGUCGUGCAAACUGUCUUCGGUGUACCUCUGCGCUCUAUCGGAAAGGUGUCGAACGGUUUAGGUGACGUGGUGAAGAAAGCUACGUAUUUUGAGAGCCAAGAGGAUCCGAACGAGCCGCGGCACAUUCCCGAAGGCUUUGUGCAAGGUGGCAAGGUGCUCGGAAAGAGCAUUGCGUAUGGAGUGACUGGUUUUGUAAAGGAGCCUGUGCGUGGAGCUAAGAAUGGCGGUGUCAAGGGAUUCGCGAAGGGUGUUGGCCGCGGUACGUUGCAACUCGUUGCAUCUCCUGUUGUCGGUACUCUAGGUGUGGUCGAAAAGUUGUCGCAGUCAGUGAACAACACCACACACUUGAUGGACGAAAAGCACUUUGAAGGUACUCGUCGACCUGCACGAAAUCUGCAGGCAGGAUCACUGAAGCAGCUUUCAGACUCGAACGUGAUUACGGAGGUGGAGGUGCACUGUUUGUACAUCGAUGGACUACCUGACAACGUGAACCCGAAGGUCGUGGUGCGUGUUUACUCGCAGACGGAUGGCUACCCUGCGAAGGAGCUUGGGGAGUACAAGUCGUCGACGGCGCGACACACUGGCACACCCAAGUAUGACCAGUCGUGGCUGAUAGGAGUGACAUCGCUGGACACGUUCAUCGAGGUGAACGUCUACCACAAACGCAAGCCGCUCCCCAAGAAACGUCUGGGUUUCGUUCGCUUCUCCAUGGAAGAAAUCUAUCGCGACUUUGAGUCGGUACCCGCAAAGCUGCUGGCAGAUACGAAUGCCAAGAUGCAGCUGAAGCGCCGCAAGCGAGUACGCGGAAGUAUCAUCAGCAAAUUGGCUUCGGCCAGUGAGCGUCCAGUGGAGAUUCGUGACGACUCGUGGCGUCAGCGACUCAAUCGCCCGCCGAAAUCAGGCAGUAGCAUUUUGUCGGAGGACGAAGACGAAGGGUUCGAGGACUACGACCAGGAAGUGAGCGUGUUGAGUGGGCACUCGAUUUGCCUUGAUGGCACGUUCCCGCCCUCACCUGUGGAGAUCCCAUUGCAGGAGUGUGAAUCGAAGGCGAAGAUUUACCUGAGCAUCCGCUAUGUGAACGACAUGCGACGAUACGCGUAAGCCGUUGCGCGAAGUGAUAGCGUAGCAGACUGAGACGCAAAAGGAACGUCUUAGAAAUCAACACAACUGCAUAUCUUCUUCGGGUUUGAUCCGUAGUAUUCUUACUUCCCCCCUUUGUUUUUUUACUACUACUGAUGGAUGUACUACGAGAUAUAAAAUUUGUAUUACUUUUGGUACUA